CAAAUAUCAGAGGUACUUUUCCCAACCUAUGACUACUUACCUCAACAUUUGAAAUUGCUUUUUCUCUAAGUCGGAGCUUUCCCUCCAUAUAGAGAUAUUGAAGAAAAAUGCCUUAUCCAUCAGUUGAUUGCUGAGAGAUUUCUUGAACCGAAUGGUCAAAAAAGAAAUUCGGUAUAUUUUUUUGAUGAAAAAGAGAGCUUGAGUAAUUUUAUAUGCAAUUUCUUUCUAGAGCUUACUGUCAGUUAUAAUCUUAUUAUACUGAACUUUAUUCCAAAAGAACCUUGGUUUUCAACAAAAGGGUUUCGUGUGUAUUCUUGCUGGCAGCAUGUGUGUAGGAAACAAGCUAGUGAGAUCAAGUUUUUACAUGUUUUGCAAAAGUUGCAAUGAAGUUAUGAAAGGCCAGUGUCGGUUGUGUGUCCACUGCAACACUUUGUUUGCCUUCAAUCAAGUGUAUAAUUCAAUAAAAAGUGAUUGUGCAUCCACUGCCCGUUCUAUGCUUUAUUUGGGUCCUUAUCACCAAUAUCCAGUGCAAAUACCUGUCAUGGAUUUGAAAUUGCUCUGGGUAUUAGAAGCUCGUAGUGUCCGAUUUUACCAUAUCCCACUUGAAAUUAUGAAACUAGUUUGUCUAAGGUACCUAUCCCUAACUUGCAACGAAGAGCUCCCUAUUUCAAUAUCCAACCUUUUACAACUUCAAUCCUUGAUUAUUAAACAACAUAUGAGCAUUAAAAAGUGUGGAGUUAUGUUAUACAUGCCGAUGGAAAUAUGGGAUAUGCAAGAACUACAACAUAUUGAGGUCGUGGGAAGAGACCUACCAACCCCCAAUUCUAAUGCUACUUUGGACAAACUUUCAUGUCUUUUUGGUGUGACUGAAAAGAGUUGCAAUAGAGAUAUUCUCAAAAGAAUCCCUAAUUUAAAAUCAUUAGGAAUUCAGGUGGAGUUGAUGCCUUACGUUAAUGAGGAUGAUGGUAGUAACCCAUUGAUUGCACUGGAUUAUAUUUCAGAUGAUCUCCAAAAUUUGACCACUCUUCAUUAUUAUGUUAAGAACCCUGAUAUGAAGUAUGAGUCUGUGGUUUCUCUUUCAAUGUUCCCAUCAACUUUGACAGCAUUGAUGUUGAGUGGCUUUGGGUGUACAUGGAAGCACAUGAAUGACAUUGGUUCACUGCUACCAAAUCUUGAGACUCACUUUAGAACAGUAUGCCUUUCAAGGCCCAGAGUGGGAUAUAGAAGUAGGUAGUUUUGUGAAACUUGAGAAACUUGUGAUUGAAGAAACUUGAGCUCCUAAGCAUACGACAUUGCUACAAAUUGCAACAACUCGAUUGGACACGUGAUUCCUCAAUGGUUGAUAUGUCUACAAUUGAAUUAGUUGAGUGCAAUCCAUUAGCUGUCAUUUCUGCCAAACAAUUGAGACCAGAAUCUCUCUUUACAGUUCUUUGCGACUCUUCUAUCUGAGAAAAGAGUUCGUAGCUGGGCUCUCAACUUGGUUAACAGGCAAAUGAGAGGUCAAACGCUGCGUUAUCCCAUCAUUACAGUUGAAUUAUGAUGUUGUUUCUGAAUCUAAGGAUAAUGCUUGUGAUAAGCAUAUAAGAUAGGAAGCCCUAACUUAACCCAAAACCAUGGUCAAAGGUAAAGGGUUGACUCCCUAUUAUAUGCUAUUCCACACUUUCGUGUGAAACUGAUGUGGGAUCGUAUCAAUCCAUCCCUCUUUUAAACCGGACGUCCACGGACGGCACACGCCGGGUGGCAAACCCAAAGCCACGGGCCCACCAUCCCCUUUGCUGCCCUUUUCCUUCGGGCCCACAUUUUUCGGUGGCACCCCUUUUGGUCACACCUACGGGUAGCCCCUUUCCUUAGGACAUCCGGAUCCACGUUCACCGCACCAAAUUGAUAAGCAUAUAAGAUAGGAAGCCCUAACUUAACCCAAAACCAUGGUCAAAGGUAAAGGGUUGACUCCCUAUUAUAUGCUAUUCCACAUUUUCGUGUGAAACUGAUGUGGGAUCGUAUCAGCUUGUUGGAUUUUUGUUGAGGAUUAUGAAACCUCCAUGUUGAACUGUAUUUGUGCAUGAUUUUCACUUUGUUUUUCACCUAACUCUUGAGUUAUAAAUAAAAUGAUAAGAAGAAAUAUAUGCUUGGUA